CGCCAGCAUGCGCCAGUUCAAGUACCAUGAGAAGAAGUUGCUGAAGAAGGUCGAUUUGCUCGACUGGCGCAACGAAAACAACUUGCAUGAGAUCAAGGUUAUUCGUCGCUACCGCCUGCCGGACCGCGAGCAGUACCACAAGUACAACAAGCUCGUCGGUGACAUCGGGCGCGUCGUGGCCAGGUUGAAGAAGCGCCCGGCCAACGACCCGUUCCGCAUUAAGACGACGGAGAAGCUGCUUGAAAAGCUGUACCACAUGGGCAUCAUCAACAGCACGAAGAGCUUGCUGAAAGCCGAGGAACUGAACGUGAGCUCAUUCUGCCGCCGCCGCUUGCCAGUGGUCAUGGUGCGCCUCAAGAUGAGCGAAAACAUCAAAGAAGCCACGACGUUCAUUGAACAAGGCCACGUCCGCGUCGGCCCCAACACCGUGACAGAUCCCGGGUUUAUGGUGACCCGGCCAUUCGAGGACUUUGUCACGUGGGUAGACAGCUCCAAGAUCAAGCGGACGAUCCUCAAGUACAACGACAAGCUGGACGACUACGACUUGCUUGGCAACUAGCCUAUUUUACCGAAUCAAUUCCAAAUCCUCGACACGUAGUUGCGCCUUGUUGUGGGUCGUCAAAGAUGCGUGCAACUCCUCGUCCACAUAUUCGACCUUCAACCACUUCCAACCAGCUACGUCCUC